AUGCCCUCUACGACGAAACAAGUGUUGCAGAUGCUGUCCAAGCACAGCUUAUAUAUAAUGCUGGUGUUGGGUAGCUUCAUUUCCUUACUCCAUCUUCCCUUCUCCAACGACCGGAUCUUGCCAGAAUGGAACGAUGAAAGCAUGUUACCCACGCUGCGUGGUGGGGAUAACAGGACUAAACGAUUCAAAGCGACAACCUGGGAACCUCCUCAUCCCUUCAAUUUGACGCAUUGCAUGAGCUUGCGAAUCAAGGGCGUCGAAGAGACAUUAAACUUUGAAGACAAUGUGCACCUGUUAAAGCCCUUUGCGGAGAAUGGACGAAACGUACGAGUCGGAGUUUCGCUGUAUGAAGACAGCAAUGAUUUUUGGAGCCUCAACGGGAAUGGGUAUGUGCACUUGUACCAUUAUCUCGAAUUCAUAUUAUACGCCUACACGGCAAUGGACCAGGUGGCCAACACUGUGGCGCCUCCAGCCGCUGGUCAUGAAACGAGUCUGUCCGAAAGUCCCGUCCAAGUGGCAUGGGUCCAUGCACCCCAUUUUACACGAAAAGAACUCAAGGGCGACAAGGAUACCAACCAAAUGAUUGCCGAUUUGGCAUUUUGGCAAUCCUCCAUUUUGGGCACUACCAAACUCAAGGGCUUGGAAGACAAUGACGACAAAACGCGAGCCAUGCAUCCACAAUAUACAGGAAAAAUGCCCGAUGGUGUUUUGGAAUGGGUGCGAGAAAAAAAGCGACAAUAUCAAAUUCCAAGAAACAGCAAACGACGCAAUAAUUGGAGCACCAUGGCGGAGGAAGCCGAUGCCGUCAUUUUUGUCAAUCGACAUCGGUGCGAUCACAUGGCAUUGGGAGUGAUGCAUGCCAAAUUGUCCAAUCCAGGAUACUUUCCCAGCGAAGCAUGGAGCAAAGAUAUUGCGCAAGGAUUAAAAGACACGACAUCGAGUUUGGAACAGAAAGAAAAAGACAAGAACAAAUUUGUUGCCUGCUACAUUGACCGACAAAACAAUGCCAGACGCAUGCCCGAUGAAGAACACGAGUGGUUGGUACAAACCUUGACGGAUCAUCCCGAUGUAUCCUUUCGACACUUGCACAUGGAACGAUAUCCGGCGUUGGAACAGUUCCGAAUUUCACACACGUGCAACAUGAUGAUUGGAGUGCAUGGGAACGGAUUGUCCCACAUGUUGUGGAUGCCCAAGGGCAGUUGGGUGGUCGAAUACUGGUGGGACACGGACUUUGUAUGGUGCUACGGUGUCCUCGCUUUACUCAUGAAUCACGACUUUCGCGCCUUUUGGAGAGGAAAACCAAUAUUGCAACAGCGAAUCCUCGACCGAGAUGUUUCAUUGCAGUCAGAAUUGAAUGAAAAACUACGACACAGCAAGAUCGACACCGAGCUGUCACGACGAGAGUUCAACGAAUUUUUGAACAAUGCGCUUGCCAAAUUUGCCAAGGAUCAGGAAAGCAAGCAAUGA